AUGAAUAUUUCAAUGUGGUUAACAACAACAAGAAGAGGUGGUGGUGGAAACUUUGUCAAGAAAAUCAUAUGCAAUAAUCCAUCAUUAUGCUCUUAUUAUCAAACACAUUCUCCUUCUACUUAUUUACUUCAUUCUCAUCUUAAUAAUUCAAUCAUAAGAAGCAACGAUUGUGGUUUCGAUCGAAAACCCACUCGUCGUUUCUUUUAUUCGUCUUCGUACAAUUCAUCGUAUGUUGCGUUCGUUGGGGCUCUUCGCUAUAAAUCCACGACAUCUGGGGAACAACUCUUGGUUGAAGAUGACAGAGAGAAAAAUACGUUUGACGAAAUUCAGGGUGAGGGGUUUCCUGGUGGCAAGAUUGGCUUCACAUGUGAAUUGAACUUUCUUCCUGGUUCAUCUGAGAAGAGGGUGCAAUGUUAUCGGGUUCUUGAUGAAGAUGGUUACCCGAUCUCAUCUACAACCAUGGAACACGUGAGUAAGGAAGUUGCAUUGAAAGUGUAUAAUGGCAUGAUUACCCUUCAAACUAUGGACAAAUUCUUUUAUGAGGCUCAAAGACAAGGCAGAUUGUCAUUCUACAUGACGUCAUUUGGUGAAGAAGCUAUCAACCUAGCAUCAGCUGCAGCUCUUACUUCCCAUGAUUUAAUAUUGUCUCAGUAUAGAGAGCCGGGAAUUUUGUUAUGGCGUGGUUUUACGUUGCAAGAAUUUGCAAAUCAAUGUUUCGGAAACGAUGCCGGUCACGGGAAAGGCAGGCAAAUGCCGGUUCAUUACGGAUCAAAGGACCUUAAUUUCUUGACCAUCUCAUCGCCAUUAGCCACACAACUCCCACAGGCAGUUGGUGUCGCGUAUUCACUAAAGAUGGAAAAGAAGGAUGCAUGUGUUGUGGCCUACUUUGGAGAUGGUACUACAAGUGAGGGAGAUUUUCAUGCUGCUUUGAACUUUGCUGCGGUUAUGGAUGCUCCGGUCGUGUUCAUAUGCCGAAACAAUGGAUGGGCUAUCAGCACUCCUGUCGUCGAUCAAUUUCGAAGCGAUGGGAUAGUCGUUAAAGGCCCAGCCUACGGAAUUCAAAGUAUAAGAGUCGACGGCAACGACGCUCUAGCAAUUUAUAGCGCAGUUAGCAAAGCUCGUGAGAUAGCCGUCAAUGAACAACGACCAAUACUUAUUGAGGCCAUGACAUAUAGAGUAGGACACCACUCUACAUCGGACGAUUCCACCAAGUAUCGGCCGACCGAUGAAAUCGAAUACUGGAAAACGAAGCAUUCUCCGAUAACAAGAUUGCGAAAAUGGAUCGAGAGAAAGGGUUGGUGGAGCGAGAAAGAAGAAUCGGAGCUUCAUUAUGAUCUCGAUAACCAGGUUAAAAAUGCGAUAGGAGAAGCUGAAAAAGCUGUAAAACCACAACUUAAAUACUUGUUCACAGAUGUAUAUGAGGAUUUACCCACAAAUUUAAUCGAGCAAGAAAGACUACUGAGAGAAACAGUUCAGAGGCACCCACAAGACUUUCCGACUGAUGUACCUCUAUAAAAUGUUUUUUUUUAAGUAUUUCGUCUUUUGAAAGGUUGAUGUAGAACGAAUCGUAACUG